CUGUUUCUUUGCAUCAUCCUAUUUUGGUUAAAUCUUUAUGUUGCAGUUUGUAAAUUUUAAAAUGUUUCUUUUAUAGCCAUUUAAUAAUAUAUGUUCUUGCCUUUCUUUUUUAACCCCCCCCCCUACUCUCUUCACUUGGAGCUAUUUUAGUUCCCUUGAACCUUUCUUUGAUCUUCUGUUAUUUUUAUUUUUCAGGGCAUUAUUGUUUAUACCUCUCUGUAGAAUGGGGGGUUGGGGACCUUUUCCAGUCAAGGACCACAUUGUUCUCUGGCCAACCCUCCAAGGGCAAAGUGGGUAGGACUAAAAUCCAAAUACGUAGGACCAAGUGACCUAGAACCCAAUGAUUUCUCCAUUUCUCUCCUGAGCAUCAGUCUUAUGACCCCACCUUUUCUGAAUUGCUUACAAGCUUCUCUUAAACAUUAAAAACUCUUUCCUUGUUUACCAGGAAAGUGCAGUAACAUCUCUCUCAAUCCUAGAACUGUGCCAGGAAUUCAGAAUUUUUUAAAAAGUGUUUCAGUUCUUCCAAACGGUCAAUAUCUAAAAUUUAACUGGUUAACCUCACUGCCUACUUGAUAUCAAAGAACAUAUCCAAUUUAUAUCUCGUUAAUGAAGAAGCUGACCACAUUCAAUAACCUGAUAUGAAAAGGAAAAUAUUAAAUUUAGGUAUUAAGAUAUAAAGGAAGUUUCUAGAUUACACUUACUUUUUAACCAGAUUAAUUUAUGAAUUAAUGCUAUGUUUCUGUAAUCAAUUUAAGCUUCUGCAUGUUACUAGCAGUGCUUGGAAAGUUCUACUUUAUCCUGUCCAAAAAGGGAUUAGUUCUAGUUCCAGUUUGUCCCUUUACAAAAUGAAUUUCUCCAGUUCAAGUCCCAAUUCGGUCUCAACAUAAGUUUUCAGCAUUCAUGAUGUCACAAGCUGCUGUUCUUAAGUAAAAGGUUCAAAAGUAUAUCACACAGGUAAUAAGUUGCCUGAUAGACAGAAUGCCGAAGAGUGAAGCUUUAUCAAUAACUGUAUUUCCAUAAAAGAAAAGGCUUGCCCUAAUCAAUAUUUGCAAGAUAGACAUAUACUAAAGGUGCUAGCCAUCAUUUGCUUUAUUCCCACGGCUAUACCUCUCACUGCAGGCUGUUCCUGUUGAAAGAAAGCAAAGAUACAGAGAAUGUCUCCGAUUCCUUCCUUUUGAUUACCUUAGCAAUAGUGAUUAUGUAACAAAGUGACCUUAGCAAUUGCAGCACCUCCAUAUUUGCCUAAUAAACCCUAGAACAUUCCCUUAACAUUUUGCUUUCUAAAUAUAUUUAUAGAUGACCAAGUUGCUGACUUCUUUAAAAGAAACACACAAAAAACAAAGCUAGCAGACUGAGACUCAGGACUUUAAGCAGUUCUUCUCCAACUCCAGACACCUUGUUAAUGACACAAACAAGGGUGUGAAAAUCUCACCCAAAUCACCCAUGAACACAUCAGAAUUUGUGCUUCAUGCAGAGCCAACAUACAGCUCUAGUGGUUAGUCAUUCUCUCUUAAUUUUUUAAGUAGUUUUUUGGGGGGUAGUGUUCCAGUCUCAUAUACCUCUAGCAUGUUUGAAUCUAGAUAGCACAUGCUAGAGUAAGCUGUCCUGCCAAGGUUUGCCUACAUCAUCACUGCUCACCUUGAGAGGAAAUGGGUCAAUAAGCCUUUGUUGUAAGGAGGUCAUUCUACCCUCAUGGUUUUAACCAGCCUUUUUUGUUUCAUACCAGAACAGAGGCUCAAACUAGUGUGUGUUUUCUACCAAUAUUUAGAAAUAUUUAGAAACUUUUACCUUUUAUAGCUAAGCAAUGUUUUAACUGAUUGUGCAUCUUUUCUGGCUGCUGUAUGGAAAAACACAUGAAUCUGACCUCUGAAGAGUUUUGCUAGUAAACCAUGUUAUGACUUGCAAAACAUGGUUGAUAUACUAGGGAAAUGGGAUACAGUGAAAAGAACUUUGAAAAUUGGACAUUUGGGGACUUACUCGAAGGGCACAUUUUAAGGUUUUCCUUAAAUUUCCAUGUUUUUCUCUGCUGCUGCUUGUGUGAUGUUAAAUCUCUGCUGAGGUUCUCUCACCAAACAGUGCUUGCCUAAAACUGGGGUCUUGGCUUCUAGGAUUCCAACAUUUUUAAAGGAUGUUUAGCUGUUUCUGAAAAGUAGAUGUGGUACAGGCAUUCUCCUGGGCAACCUCCCCCAGAAUGCUUUACUCUGCAAAAGGACCCGACCCCUUCUGAGAGCAAAAUAAAGUACAGUGGUACCUCGCUAGACGAAAUUAAUUCAUUCCACGAGUCGUUUUGUGUUGCGAUAAUUUCGUCUUGCAAAGUGCGAUUUCCCAUAGGAAUGCACUGAAAUUCAAUCAAUGCAUUCCUGGGGGGGGGAUGCAAAAAAAGGCACCGACUCACCCACCAUGGCCGCUCCAGAAGUUUUUAAGGCUCUGGGGAGGGGAAAGCAGGAGGAGGGCCAGGGAGAGGCUCCCUCCCUCCUUCCCCAGAAGCAGCUCGCAGACUGGACGUGGGCGGAUGGAGCAAUCCUGGGCCGGCCCGAAGGUGAGGAGAAAGCGUGUGGCGGCACUGAGGGGGCCAAUUCUGGGCCAGCAACGGCAGCGGGCGGUAGCGGAUCCCCAAGGGCGAGCGCGGCAUGGCAGCGAGGGCAAGGGACUUUACUGUAAUGCGUCCCUAUUCGUCCUGCGAAGCACAGCCAUAUAAAACUUCGUUUUGCAAGACGCCUCGCACAAUGCAAAACGCUGUCGUCUUGCGAGUUUUUCGUUGCGCGAGGCAUUCAUCUUGCGGGGUACCACUGUAGAAGUAGAAGCCUUUAGCUUCCUAUACGAUGAACCUGGGGUCACUUUGACACCUGCCCCAUGACAAUUUAAAAUUCAAUUGAAAGCUCUCCCAAGGCAAUGGUGGUAACCCAUGGAGGCUCAUUCUGACCAUUACCAAUGGCUCCCAGGUGGUCUUUUUGAAGAAUCAGUGCUAUGAUGUGUUUAGAACAGCACACUGCAGCAUAAUGCCCCCUUUUCUGAUAAUGUCUGACUGUCUUCUCGCUGUAGGGUGACUUUCCACACUAAGGGCAGUCUUUGGGUUACCUGCUGUAUUCCUUCCCUUUGCUCCCUUUGCCAGGUUAACAUCACAUGAGUUAGUUUGUAGUGUCUAGGCUGCAUCCUCCUGCUGACUCCCAAGAUUUCUUUCUUUGACCACCCUGCUUGUGAGAGUGGAAUUAGACUGGCUCAAAAAUUACUUUGCAAUGAGGUAAAAAGUGCUUCCCUAGCUCUUCUUUGUCUGUUUUAAAGCUGUUUCAUCUGAACUUUUGUGAGUCUUCUUGAGAGGAUUAUAUUCCCUAUUGCUUGCUCCAUAGUGCACAAAAGAGUGUUUACUUGUUGUUCCUGUGGCCAGAUGUCUGGAAGAACCUUUGGAAUCUGCUUAUCUAAAGUGGCCAGCCUUCAGGGUGCUGGAAAUCAAAUUAUCCGUGCAAUGUGGAAAUCAACCAGGGAUGGAGUAGCCCUGUUCAAUGGGGUCAUAGAUGGCUUGGACUCACCUUUAUGGGUCAUUGUAGGACUCUCUUAGUUCCAGGUCUCUCCUCUCCCUCUGUUUUCUUUCCUCCUUUUCUGGAGUGAUACCAUGUCUGUAGCUGCACCAACAGAGCCUUCCUUCAGGUACUCUCUGUUUCAAGGCCUCUCUUUUGCCUGUUAUUUGGAGAGAUAAACACUGUGGCUGCAGUAGCUGGGCCUCCUAGUAUUCACUGAGUGUUAACCUGUGACUACCUUUCAGGGGACUGCAGGGAACAUAAAAAGUCUCCAUUCUGACACCAUGUGGGAUUAACAGGGCACCAGGUAAAGCAUGACUAACUUAAUUUUCCUGCUUCAGACCCCUAACCUCCUUUGCACGGUGCCACCCAGGUAUACAGCUAACACCACCAUAUCUAUUGGGACUGGUAGAGCAGAAGGCAGGGAGACCAACAGUAGGUGGAGCCAGAACUAAUGAUAGCAAGAUCCAAACUCCAUUCUGAGGUCUGCAAGGGCAACACUGAAACUAAGUGGGGAGAACCUGAGGAGCAAUGCCACCUCCAGAACUGGUAGUACAGUGGUACCUCAGUUUACAAACACAAUUGGUUCCAGAAGUCUGUACAUAACCUGAAGCUUACUUAACCUGAAGCGAACUUUCCCAUUGAAAGUAAUGGAAAGUGGAUUAAUCCGUUCCAGAUGGUCCAUGGAGUACUUAAACGGAAGCGUACUUAACCUGAAGCAAACUUUCCCAUUGAAAGUAAUGGAAAGUGGAUUAAUCCGUUCCAGACGGGUCUGCAGAGUACUUAAACUGAAAAUACUCAAACCGAGGCGUACUUAAACCAAGGUAUGACUGUAUGUAAGCAUCAAGACAGAGGUGGAUGGGGCAGUACCCCAUUUGCCUUAACAUGCCAGCCUCCAUUAUUGGCAAUUGUUUGUAUUUUUCACAUAUUGUCUCAUUAAUGUGUGAAAUGUAUCCAGAGGUUAGUUUACAUUAUCUGGCUUUAGUUGAGUGAUGGCCUGAACUGUGUGCAAAAUUCCAUGUUCAUAUAAUGAAUUUGUAUAUACAUUCCAUACCUUCCAGUUAAUAUUGGGUCAAUGUUAUUUAUGCACCUUCACUAGACAGGCUCACAUUAACUGCAAACCCCAAGAUCUGAAUCCAUAUCUUUCUCUGUAAGGAACUUUGUAUGGAGAUUAAUAGUAAAGGGUGGGGACCAGUUAACUGACAAAGAUUGCAGUUAUAUGUAUUUCAAACACAAGAUGGUGCCAUUGCACAGCACAUGUUCUUAGAGAAAAGAUUGUUUGGAAAGCAUAGACAAGGGCAAAACAAUCUGGAAGCAAAAGGGAUACAGCUCUUCAUUGCAACAAAAAUCAGGAGGAGGGAGACAGUGGUAUGCAUUUUCAGGAAUAAAUACAGCAAAGGGAUACAGCUAAGUACAACAACAUAUUUUUCUGUUCUUCAAUCUGUCUUGAGUGAAUCUGGAACAAUGGAAAUGAAUAACAGGAACAGGCAAGUGACAUUUUUCUUUCUGUCUCUCUGCAUGUAUGGGGCAAUAUGCAAUUCCAUCCAAUAUUCAGUGCCAGAGGAAAGGAAAGCAGGGUCCCUGGUGGCUAAUGUGCUGAAAGAUUUGAAAGUGGAUGCAAAGAACCUUUCUGAUCGGAGAGCCCGGCUGGUUUCUAAGAGCACCAAUCAGUAUUUCCAGCUGGAUCCUCAUUCUGGCAACAUGAUAUUAAAGGAAAAAAUAGAUCGAGAGGCUCUCUGUGGUCAGAAUGACCAUUGUGUUCUGCUCUCUGAAAUUGUUCUAGAAGAUCCAUUGAAGCUAUAUAGAAUUGAAGUUCAAAUAGAGGAUGUGAAUGAUAAUUCCCCCAAAUUCUCUAAAGAUCAAUUUAUUUUUGAAAUACCUGAGCAAACUCACAUAAAUACUGUAUUCCCUUUGGAGAGAGCUCAAGAUUCAGACAAAGGAGAAAAUACUGUUCAGAAUUACACACUUAGUCCUAAUAAAUAUUUUAGGCUGGAUGUGCAAAGUCACAGUGAUGGUACUAAAUAUGCAGACCUAGUAUUGGAGAAACCAUUAGACCGUGAGGUGGAAGCACAGGUUUUCCUAAUCCUUUCAGCUGUUGAUGGAGGAAUACCCCGCAAAACUGGAACAGCACAAAUCAUCAUAGACGUUCUGGACAUCAAUGAUAAUGCUCCUCUAUUUAAUAAAUCCAUGUACCAUGAAAAACUGAUGGAAAACAGCCCAUUGGAAACAUUAGUCACAAGAGUUGAAGCCAGAGACAAGGAUAUUGGUUCCAAUGCUGACAUCACUUACUCAUUCAGCCAAGUGCCAGAAAAUGUGCAGAGAUCAUUCAGGUUAAAUAAAAAUACUGGGGAACUUACUAUCUCAGGUAUAAUUGAUUAUGAAGAAAACACAAAUUAUGAGAUGAAGAUCAGAGCCACAGAUGGAGGGGGCCUUUCUGCUUACUGUAAAGUCAUUGUAGAGAUUGAGGAUGAGAACGACAAUGCUCCAGAGAUAUCAAUUGCAUCCAUCACCAGUCCCUUACCUGAGGAUUCUCCCCCAGACACAGUGGUGGCCCUCUUUAGUGUCACAGACGUGGACUCUGGAGAAAGUGGCAGAACUGCCUGCACCACUGAAGUAAACCUGCCAUUUGUGCUCAAACCCACAGAGAACAACUAUUACCAGCUGGUGACCCAACAGCCACUGGACAGAGAAAAAGUCAGUGAAUAUAACAUUACUAUCACAGCCACAGACCAAGGCUCUCCCAGACUCACUUCCACAAGAAUACUUCAUGUUCAAAUCUCAGAUGUCAAUGACAACCCUCCAGUGUUUGAAAAGCCAUUCUAUGAAAUGCAGUUAAGAGAAAACAAUAUUCCUGGUCUUCUGAUCAAUUCGGUCCAUGCUGUUGAUCUGGACACAGCGCAGAAUGCCAAAGUGACCUACUCGCUUUUGCCUGGGAAGGUCAAUGAUGGCCCCACAUCCGCUUACAUCUCCAUCAACUCUGAAACGGGGAACCUGUAUGCCAUUCGGUCUCUGGAUUAUGAGGAAGUAAAAGAUUUCCAUGUGACAGUGAGAGCUGUGGAUUCAGGUUCCCCUCCACUGAGCUCAGAAGUUACAAUCUGUGUUCAGGUUGUGGAUGAAAACGACAAUGCCCCCUUCAUCCUCUACCCUCUCCAGAAUGGCACUUCCCCCUCGAAUGACCUGGUUCCCCGAGGGGCAGAGACUGGCUACCUGGUCACCAAGGUGGUGGCUGUGGACAGGGAUUCUGCUCAGAACUCUUGGCUUUCCUAUCAGCUGCUGAAGGCCACAGAACCGGGUCUGUUCACGGUGGGGGCCCAGAAUGGAGAAGUGACCACCCUGAGGCCAGUCAAUAACCGAGACAGCUUCAAGCAGAAUCUGAUUGUGGUUGUCCAAGACAACGGCCACCCUCCCCAGUCCACCUCUGCCACGCUCAGAAUCCUUCUAGUGGACGGCUUCUCUGACCCUUAUCUGAAAAGUGUGGCUCUCCCAAAGGAGGAAACAGCGGAGGAGGAAGACCCCAACCUGACUAUGUAUUUGAUCAUCUGCUUGGCUGCCAUCUCAAGUAUUUUUCUCAUUUCUGUAGUGGCAUUUGUUGUAAUCAAGUUGCAGAAACGUGAAAAGUUCAUAGCAACCUACAACUCUGCAGCCGAUUUCCCUGUGGGACCAGAUUCCCAGGAGAACCCUGCGAAUCCUGGUGCUGGAUCUCUAUCCCAGGCUUACAAUUACGAGGUGUGCUUAGCUGGUGGGUCUCUGAACAGCGAGUUCCGGUUUCUCAGGCCCCUAUUUCCUGUUUUCUCUGUGGAGCCUCCUAACACUCAGCAGAAUCCAAGGAGUUCCAAUGUAUCUGAGGAAGUCCCCAGACAUGCAGGUGAAAGUCAACAUGUGGUUCAGGUGAGAACACUGCUGGGAAUUCCCCCCCCCCCAUAAUUUUUAAGGAUGGGAUUCAACAAAGUGCUAAAUGGGGUGUGCUUGUGUGGAUUGAGGUUCACUCACACAAUGAAUGAAUGAAUAAAUCUUCAUUUGUGUCAGCCAUCGGCCAUAGCAAUAAAACACCAAUGCAAUACAGUGGUACUUGGGGUUACGAACACCUCGGGUUACAAACACUUCGGGUUACAAACUCCACUAACCUGGACGUAGUACCUCAGUUUGCAAACUUUGCCCCAGGAUGAGAACAAAAUUUGGGCACCGGCAGCAUUGCUGCAGCAGGAACCCCCAUUAGCAAAAGCGCACCUCAGGUUAAGAACAAUCCAGAACAAAUUAAGUUUGUAACCCAAGGUACCACUGUAUACAAAGAAUAGAAAUGAAAUAUCAAUUAUAUAAAAUACAUUUUAGGGUUUUGAAUCAAUAGUCAAAACACUCACACAAUAUACUUCCCUCCUUUUGUUGUACUGCACAUUCCCCAAACGUUCAGACCAGAUUUAAUAUUACAUAUAUGGGAAAGACAAAACCAGUUAACAUGCCAUUUGUGAAAAUGGAUUGCAGUAUUUCAUUGCAGAUUCUUCAAUUAUAUUGCCUUUCCAUUGACUACCAAACUUCAUUAAUCACAUUGACCAGAAAUUCAUUCUUUCCACUUCUGAAAAUAACUCUGGGUUAGGGUAUUUUACCUAAGGGAAGCCUUUCUGAAAUGAGAGAAUGCUUUAAGUUGGAGGUUUGAUUUGCAAAUCAAUUGGGCUUUUGCUAUAUAUGGCUUAAAUAGGGUAGUAAAUUGAGAAUCCAAUAUAUUCAUUACUACAUAGUAAAUAUUAUUUCAGAGAAAUGUAAGACAGAUUGUGAAUUAAUGAAACUGGAAUGCAUUAUUGGUAGUGAGACAUUUUUUUAAUGAAUAUAUUCUGAAUGCUCUGUGUAAAUUAUGUUCUUUCUAAAGGGGAGGAGAAUAUACGGUGAAGGGAAGAAUGAUAAUUAUGGGGAGUUAUUGAAGGUAUGUCAUUCCUUGGUGUGAAUAUGGGGAUUAGAACAAUACUAUAAAUCUUCUGGAAGGAAGUCCCAAUUUCCAACAGGAAUAGAAGACUAAAAUUGGCUGAACAGAAACUGGGUAAGAGAACCAUUUGGGAAACAAAAGAUCAUCAUCAUCAUUCUUUAUUCGACCGUCAGUCAGCAAAGGGAAACAAAAGAUAUAUAUUUUUAAAAAUGGUGAGAGUUAUGAAGCUAAAAACUAAUUAUUCAAGUAUGGUGUAAGACUCAUAAGAAUCAUGAAGACAAUUAUGAGGAGUCAUUUGUUUGGUGCUAAGGUGCGCAGUAACUAGAGCUGUAACUUCACAUCUUUCAUUCAGCCAUUUAAACUCAAUGAGCGAUACUGGAGAAAGUAGAGGCAUAUAAUGUAUAGAGAUAGAAUGAAAGUUGAAACUUCAUCUAGAUAAGACGGAAGUACUGUCGGCCAGGGAAUCAUAUGAUCCAAGAUCAUAAUUUGUUUGGGAUGGCUUUGUGCUCCUCUCUCUUAAGAACCAGAUGGGCUAUUUGGGAAGAAGCUCCUGGAUCUCCAGGUGGCAGUCUGAGCAGGAGAACCUCUUCAUUAACUCUGACCAGUGUGCCAGCUGUGCCCGUUCUGGCAACAGUAACCCACACCAAAGUAAUAUCCACAUUAGACUGCUAUAAUGUGAAUUAAGCUGAGUCUGUCUUUGCAGAGCACUUGAAGACUUCAGUUGGUCCACAGAAAGCUGCCUUAUACUAAGCCAGACCAUUGGUCCCUCUAGCCCAACAUUGCAAACACUUUUUAGGGUUUCAGGAAGGAAUCAUUCUCUGCCAUAGCGGUCAAAAUAUGGCUGAUAAUAUAUCAUUACGGUACUUGCAUGCCUUAAGGGUUGUGUCCUCUCAUGCAUAUUUGCCUGCACAUCUAGAUCAACUGCUAUGCUCCAUUUCCCUCCACCAUCUAAGCCAAACCUUGGCUUAGCUGUAGAUGAUUUUUUGUAGUGAUUGUUGGUAAGUAAUUGUGGCAAAAGGCUCUUAGCUGGUGUAUUUAUUUUGAGCUGGGCUGCUCUCCUGAUUUUGGAUUUUAUUCUUGUUUUAUUGAAAAUGCUGUGAGCUGCCUCGUAGAAAAGUAGGGUACAGAUUGUGUAAAACAAGCUAACAACUAUUUGUGUGGCUCUAAUGAAGGAAAGAAGGCUUGGAAAUGGAGGUUAUUAGCAAACAUAAAUGCUACAAAGCUGCUGCUGGACAAAAUGUAUAAUUGUUUUUGGUAUAAUGAGUUCCCUGUUAUGAUCUCAGGCAUUGUCUUGAGUUCGUUCAAGCUGAAAAGAAACUGGAUUGUCACCAAACUCAUAGUACUACCAUCCAUGGCACUACAACUUUGUUGUAUCACACAGUUCAUAUUUUGGGUUUUCAGAAAAUGUUUGCUAUGUUCCUGUCUGGUAAGCAUGGCAUUUCAUUACACUCUUCUUACUGCAGCUUAAUGCAUUGGCAGCAUUUAUCUAAUGAAAACCACACCAGCUUUCAGAAAAUUACAAUGCAUUUUUUAUGUCCUUUGCAGG